CAUUAUUGACUGUAGAUUUGAGCUAACAGUUCGAUGGUCUUGCUGCUACACUAAUUGGCGCUGUAUGGACAUCGAACGGUGAUUAAUUUUUUAUCCACCAGAGGUGCUGCAAUCGCCCGCAAUAUAAACAAUGCGGGAUAACCUAGAAACAUUGAUUAGGUUAAGAUAAGGGUAUACAAAACGAAACCAAGGGCACAAAACUCUUCAGGAGAAUCUUCAUAUUUUUCUUCAACCUCCCGCAACUAGGCUCCGCUUUUUAGGCCCGUGCUUUUAACAAAUUCAUUCCAUCCUUCCGACUGAAAAUUUGACGGUCCUGGAAUCUGCACACCUUCGGGCCUCGGCUUGUUCCGUUAGCGAGGGUCGGUAUAGAAAUUUUCUUUGCUCUGAAUGGCUGACUAUUCACUGCCGAGGCAGGAUCCACUGUGGAUUGGAUGCGCAGUAAAAUGGCGGGAAUGUUCGCGCCAGCUUAUGGAGUAAAAAAAGCGUGCAGGAAUAGGUCUAAUUACUGUAUCAUCCGACCCUACAUCAAAGUUGUGCCAUAUUGUUGAAAGAUAAAGGGAUUAAUAUAGAGAAGAAUAAAUCACAAUGGAGGGAAACUUAGUGUUGAUCCUCGACGAUAAUCGUAUCGAAGCGAACAAAGAGAAACUUGCGACUAAAAGUCGUUAUUUCGCUUCUCUUUUUUCGGGUAAUUUUAAUGAUUCCAACAGCAAGGAGCACACAAUAAAUUACGAUAUCACCCUGUUUACUUUGCAGAGUUUCAUCGAAUGGAUUCACGACGAUGAUGAAUGUGAAGAUUUUCAUUGCCAUUCCAUAAAGCAAUCCAUGACAAAGUUUAUGGGAGAUAACUUCACGGAUUUAAUAUAUUUGUUACAACUGAGCGUACUAUUUACGGUUGAUGAAUUGAAAAACGAUAUUAUAGAUAUUAUAAUUUUGUUCUGGCUGGUUCCAGAGAAAGUAGUUGAUAUUUGGUUAUUGACACAAGAGUUGUGUAUAAAAGAAUUACAAGAUAUCUGUCUGUCUGUAUGUUUAGAACGUUUCGAAGAACUUCCUCCGAUUUCUCUUGUUGAUCUACCUAAAGAUAGCUUUAUGAAUCUGUUGCAAAAUGUUAACAUAACAGCAUCCACCGAAUAUCUGAAAUUGAUCAGACAAGAAUGGCUAUGGCGUCAUGAGCAUAUUCCACAUGUGGCAGAGGAGAGACAUCCUAGAUUCACUCAAGCCACAGUUGGAUACGUUCAGAGUAGCACGUCAAAAGUUGUUAGCACAGAUGCAUGUUUAUACACUUGGGAUGGUACCAAUUUCUCUAAAUUUAUGCAAUUAAGAAACGAUCUACUUUCAGAGAGAUGGAUGAGUGGAAUGCAAGUAACUGGUAGAGGUUUCAGUAUAUACACUGUGGGUGGCGAGAUGGGUAUAGGUACUGGAAAAUUUAAUAAUUACAUUUGGAGGUACUGUCUAAUAUCCAAGAAGUGGUACUAUUAUGCAAAAUUGCCAGUGCCAAGAAGACAUAUGAUCGUUGCAUUUAUGGACUAUAAAUUGGUAAUCGUAGGUGGAGUAGGGAGACACAGAUUGAAGUUGUUUACCGUGGAUAUUUUAGAUACUCAUAGAGGCACGUGGAGCAGUGGAGCAAGAAUUCCCGAGGAUUUCAUACAGGUUCCUUAUUACUGCGUUAUGGAUGGAAAAUUGUUUGUAAUAAAGUCGGAACUCUACAUUUAUUAUCCGGAAGAAGACUAUUGGGCGACUAUUUCAAUUAAUCAAAAACCUUGUCUAGUUAAAAACGGCGCUUGUCUCGCUUACGACGCGUUGAUGUUUCUCGACAGUCGACCAGUCGGUUCAGCCGAGACUGUUCUAUUGAAAAUCGACGUCCUGAGAGACGAAGACUGCGAAACAGAUUCCGACGAUUCUCUAACGGAUUCAGAAUUAACUGAUACAGAUAUAACGGAUACAGAAAUAACGGACGCAGAAAUAUCGGACAUACUAUCGGAUACAGAUAUAAUGGAAACAGAAAUCCUAUACGAGGAUGACGAUUAUCAAUUCAGAUACGCCGAGGUAGCUGGUAUCGGUGUGGUGAUAGUUAGCAAUCGUUGCAACAAAGGUUAUCGGUAUCUGCGUGUACAUACAGAAUUGAGACGAGACUUAGAAUCCACAAUACUUCCACGAAUACAGUGUUUCAACUUCAUUGAUCCGGACACUUUGUACAACACAGUGUAAUUCUAUUGUUUCGUAUUUGCAUAUAAACUGAAAUUUUCUACAAA